CGGUGGUUGUGGAAAACCAUUGAAGAAUGGACGCCAGCAGCAUGCUGAAUCAGCUGCAUCUAAAAAGCACUUACCCAAAGAUGUCGAAAAUUUGAAGUUAUCUGCCAACAUUGAAUUCGACAGGGGCGAGUAUAGUGAAGCUAUAAGGAUCUAUAAUACAGCGAUCCUCAGGUUCCCAGACGGCCCGUUACUCUAUGCAAACAGGGCAGCUGCUUACAUGAAGAGAAAUUGGAAAGGUGAUAUGUAUGCUGCCUUGAGAGAUUGCCAUACAGCACUCGCCAUAGAUCCCAAUCACGUAAAGGCCUUUUUCAGGCUAGCACGGUGCCUGUAUGAACUCGAUUGGAGGGAAGAAGCGAAGCAAUGUCUUGAAGCUUUCAAGGAACGAUUUCCGGGUGAUGCGACCUGUCAUGCAUGCAAAGCUUUGCAACAAGACAUUGACAAACCUCGAAGCCCCAUACCUAAAAAAUAUAAAAAUAGUAGUAGACAAUCAACAAGUGAUGUGCCUCCCGAUCUGCAAUCUGAGGAUGAUGAUGAAGAUGAUGUAGAAUUGAUCGCUCAAAACGCCAUCACAAAUCAAGAGUCUGCGUGGAGAGAAAAGGCUUUCGACUAUAAAAAGAGAUACUACGGCCAUUGCAAUACAACGACUGAUAUAAAAGAAGCCAACUUUUUUGGGAGCAAUGGUCAAUACAUAAUGGCAGGCUCGGAUGACGGCUCAAUCUUCUUCUGGGAGCGUGAAACGACAAACAACGUGCGCAUCCUGAUAGGGGACAGCUCCAUUGUCAACUGCAUCCAGCCGCAUCCCAGUUGCUGCCUGCUGGCCAGCAGCGGCAUAGACAGCUCGGUCAGACUAUGGUCACCCAAACCUCAGGACGGCAAAACUAAUGAUCGAUUAGUGGGCGAUAUCGAUCAUGCGGCUGUGAUGAAUCAACGGCGGAUGAAAGCUGAUCCUUUCGACGUUGUGAUGCGAGACAUGCGAUCCAGAUUGAUCAAUCAGAUCAGUCAGAUAGAGGGUGCUGGGGAGGAUGCAUUGCGCUCCUACGACUGUCGCACCAGUUAAUCAGUCAAUCACUGCUACUUCCAUAACAAUGUCCAUGACAUUGGAAAGGUUGUCGUAACCGAUCGUGUAACAUAACUCAUGUAAUUAACAUAGUAUUUAACAUGAAAAAAUAUAGCUUAAAAGUUUGUAUACAUAUAUAUAAAUAAUAAUAUUAACUAUAUCACUAUAAAAAAAUGAUAUAGGUUUAUGAAAUACAUUUACAGCUUAAAAGUUUGAAUUCUAAGGGUCG